UACAAGACAGUUAACAAAUUUUAUUGUGUGGCAACUCUAAGAGGCAUCCAUCUUUUUUGUCACGAUGCCUCCUAAGAAGCAGCCCGAGAAAUCUGCCUCCGGGUCUAAACCCGCUGAGAAGAAGCCUGCAACUGCUAAAACUCCAGCAGCUGCUCCUAAGGCCGCCACCGCUGCUUCAACGAGCAGUGCCCCUAAGCCGGCAACAGCUAAAACUCCUGCUCCAGCGCCCAAGGCUGCCGCCCCUAAGUCAGCGCCCGCAGCAGCUAAGCCUGCUGCAGCAAAACCUGCUGCGGCUCCUGCGGCUAAGCCAGCUGAGAAAAAAUCUACGGCCACGCCUACAGCUAAGCCAGGCUCUGCCAAAGCUGCUGCUCUUAAGGCCAAGUCAAGUGCAAAGCCCUCGGCUAAGAAGGCCGCGUCUGCUACUAAGCCCACAAAACCUAAACCAGCUGCUACUAAAUUGAAAAUUGCACCUAAACCUAAGAAGACCGGCAUCAAGGGACAGAAGAAAGUUGUAAAGCCUGUGGUAAAGGCUCUUAAAGCUCAAAGAAAGGUAGUUAAAGGAGAACAUGGCAAGCGCGUGCGAAAAAUCCGCACAUCUGUGCAUUUCCGCAGGCCUAAGACCUUUGAACCCCCGAGACAACCUAAAUAUCCUAGGAGGUCAUUACCAAGAAGGAAUCGCAUGGAUGCUUACAACAUCAUAAAGUUCCCAUUGACAUCUGAAGCGGCAAUGAAGAAGAUUGAGGACAACAACACAUUGGUGUUUAUUGUUCACACCAGCUCAAACAAGCACCACAUCAAGGCUGCAGUCAAGAAACUUUAUGACAUUAAUGUGGCUAAAGUGAACACCUUGAUCAGACCCGAUGGCAAAAAGAAGGCGUACGUGCGACUCGCGAGAGACUACGACGCAUUAGAUGUUGCCAACAAGAUUGGAAUCAUAUAAGCAUAUGUACCAUAUUUUCUAAGAAUACAAAACAUACAAAAAC